AUCAUCAUCAUCAUCAUCAUCAUCAUCAUCAUCUUUCUUUUUUGGCUGGCUUCAGUCUAAUGACAAACUACACACUACACACUACACACUACACACUACACUUGCAUCAUUCCAGAACCAACAUCUCUCCUCAUUCACCAUGCAACGCCCAGUACCUGGAUCCAAGCCCUCGGGUGGUUUCUGUCGCGCUGUCCUCCUCUUAUUACUUGCCCUCUUCAGUGUGACGAGCUUCAUUACCUUCAUCCUAGCUUCUGUGUCUGCUUGCAAAUAUCCAACGGUUUUGGGCCAUUUUAUCAAGACUAUGCGCGACCACCCGUCAACCCGAGCCCCUAUAUACUAGGAAGAUGAUGUCAUCGUACGGAAUCCCCUGACUUUCAUUGCGACAACCCGGAUGCCCUUCGUCUUCCUCGCCGUCAUGUACACGCUCGGCUGUGUCGCGCCCUUGAUCGCAGUGUUGAGGCUAGGCACGAGGGAUGUCCACAACCAUCGACUCGCCCGCUACGUCUUCAAGAUCGCAGCUGUGUUCACUGCAAUCUUCUUAGUCAUCUUCUAUUUCUCUUGGUCUGCUACGCCCUUGACUUUCAUUCUUCCCUUUGUGGCGAAAUGGCGAAGUGGCAUGGCAGCUGUUAUCAUGGCCCAUAUCAAUCUAUUUAUCGUCAUGCUGCUCACUUUGACUGCGGCCGCCCUCGACAUUCAUAAGGACUCCAAGCCAGAAGGUCCCGGUAGUCGCGCGCAGAGUCAGGCAUAAGAAGUUACGCAGUGGGCAUUAAUGCCUGGGGAGUUGAGGUUACUUUGACAUUAUUAUUA